AUGCGACUGCGGCGAGCAGCAUUUCUAACAACCGCGGCGCUCCUCUUUGGGGCGCUGCAGCUUGUGGGAGCGCAUGGCGACGGACACAGUAGUAUGGACAUGGCGGCGGUGGCGAAGCAGCCUGGAGAAGAGAUGACCCCAACAGAAAUCGCACACCUGCUUCCCAGCUAUUUCCGACACCCUGAGCAUUUUGGCUGGCAUUUGGCGCAUUUGGUCCUCAUGAUCUUGGCAUGGGUCAUCGCAAUGCCUUUGGCGAUCAUGCUGAGCGUGGCGCGAUCGCGGUAUCAUCUUCCGGCGCAGAUGUUCUUCCACCUGCUGAAUGGACUUGGCCUGUUCGCUGGAUUAGUGUACAGCCGUUCGACGCCAGAUUUGUACGAGAACAACUCGCAUCAUCCUCUGGGUUGGGUAGUGACGGCUUUCACCACCGCCUGGACUCUCAUGUCCGUAUACGUGGCGUGUAGCGAGUACAGGAGCAGCAGGACAUUUGCAAUCCAGCAAGGACGCUCUCUGACAACAGCGCAUAUGGCUCAGCAUAGCCAGCUCCAGCAGUACAACGAUGAGAUUUCGCCUCGAGAUUCGCACGAUUCUGGCAUGGGAGCUGAGCGCAAUUCCGCAUCCCUGUUCGGCUCCAGACAAAACUCCUCAGACAACGUACAUCCAGAGCCGGGGGCGCCAUUUGAUGACAUGGACUUCAGCGACGACGAGGAUCGCGAGCAGGAAGAUCCAGAAAAGGCCGGCUUCCUAGGCAAUAACCCCGCCGAUCGUUUCAUCUCGAAGAACGUACGCCGCGUGUCCACCCAACGAGUCUCGAAGAUCAUCCGCUUCCUUCAGAUCUUCACCGAAAAGAUCCUCCUACUCCUCGGCUUUGCCGCGAUCCUCUCAGGCUUCAUCGUCUCAGGUGGUAUCUUCCGCGACCGUCACAUCUUCUCCGGCCUAGCACACUACAUCAAAGGCGGCAUCUUCUUCUGGUACGGUCUCCUCACGAUGGGUCGCUGGAUGGGAGCCUUUACGGAAUUCGGCUGGGCAUGGAAUGUUCGUCCAGAAAGCCCUCUGGUAUCGAAGUGGAAGACUAUGGUUCCUUCAGCCGAGUUCACGGAGUCCUUCGUGAUCUGGCUCUACGGCGCGAGCAACGUCUUCCUCGAGCAUCUGAACAACUGGGGCGAUGCCUGGACGCCCUCGGAUCUCGAACAUCUGAGCAUUACGAUGCUGUUCUUCGGCGGCGGGCUUCUUGGUAUGAUGUUGGAAUCGAGCUGGUUGCGGGAUCUGACGAACACGACAGCGAUCGUGCAGAAGAGCAAGGACCACGAGCACAAACAUGCGGACUCUUUCGGCUUCAGACAAGACCAAGACCUCGAGCACCGCUGGACAGAACCCGCCACCUACCACACCCCUCUCAAUCCCAUGCCUGCCCUCACCAUCAUGCUCCUCGGCAUGAUGAUGGGCGGGCAUCAUCAGGACUCCAUGGUCAGCACAAUGAUGCACGCCCAAUGGGGCGGUCUCUUCACCGCUUUCGCCCUUGUCCGCGCGGCGACUUACGUUACCCUAUACAUCAAGCCCCCAACCUCCCACUUCCCGUCGCGACCCCCGAGCGAGAUCGUCGCAGCAUUCUGUCUUACCUCCGGGGGACUGAUGUUCAUGAACAGCUCCGCGGACACCGUAUGGGCGAUCGAGUCGAAUGGGCUGCAUGCGAUGACCAUCUUCACCGUCACGAUGGGGUUGACGGGCCUGAUCUUGGCGUGGGAGGUGUUGUGUUUCGCCAUCAAGGGAUGGGCCGUUCGACGAGAAAGGGGCGGUGCUUGGAAGCCGUUAGUGUGA